AUGUGCAGGCCAAAUCCACUGAAACGACCUCAUGCGUUUGAAAUUGCUGCUAAACUUAACAAAAUGGGAGAAAGCAGGGAAUCUCUUAAGGUUCGCAUUGAAGAGCUUGAAAAUGAAAUAGCUCGAUUAAAGAAUCUACUCUCCGGAUGUACAGAAAAAUUAGUUGUUUAUUCAUUACAGGAAUUUGUGAGUACAGAAUAUCUUCGAAUGAGUGGCCUUUAUUGGUGUUUACAAAGCUUACAAAUUAUGGGUAAGUUAGAUAUAGUCGAUACUGACAAGGUAGCUGGUUUCGUUAAGCGCUGUCAACAACCAAACGGUGGUUUUUCUGCUGCAGAAGAUCAUGAUGCCCAUCUGCUUUAUACAUUAAGCGCGGUGCAGAUAAUGCUAAUUCUAAGAAGAUUAUGCGAGAUUGAUCUAGAUGGAGUCACUAGAUAUGUAAAAUCACUUCAAAAUGAAGAUGGAAGUUUUGGUGGCGAUGAAAAUAAUGAAAUUGACACGCGCUUUUCUUUCUGUGCUAUCGCCACACUUUUUUUGAUUAAACGAUUAAAAUGUUCAAUAAACGUGGAGAAAGCGAUCGAUUUCAUUCUUAAUUGUUACAAUUUCGAUGGUGGAUUUGGAACGCGACCAGGCUCUGAGAGUCACGCUGGACAGGUUUAUUGUUGUUUGGGCAGCCUGGCCAUUACUGGCUCUUUGGAUGUGGUCAAUAAGCAGCGGACUGCACGGUGGCUCGCUGAAAGACAGUGUCGCUCAGGAGGCUUGUGUGGUCGUCCAGAGAAGCUACCUGAUGUCUGUUAUUCGUGGUGGGUGGUUGCAUCAUUAGCUAUACUUGAUCGACAGGACUGGAUUGAUAAGUCCUCUUUAGUCAAAUUUAUAUUAGCUUGUCAAGACGAAGAUGGUGGUUUUGCUGAUCGACCAGGCGAUGUGGCGGAUCCAUUCCACACACUUUUUGGACUUGCAGGAUUGAGCCUGGUUAAUGCUUUCAGAGAUACCUUAAAACCAGUGCAUCCGGUAUUUUGUUUGUUGAAUGAAAAUAUUUUCGAAAGCGGAUUAUCAUGUUGA